GACAUUUUCAGUUAGUUCGUCUGGCCACUGUGGGUUACUAAUGGUGGCGAAAACAGUGAAAAACAAUGACUGAUGCCGGGUUUUUUCGCGGCACAAGUGCCGAGCAGGAUAACCGUUUUACAGACAAGCAGAAAAAGCUGUUGAAACAGCUCAAGUUCCACGAUGUACUUAAUAAAAAGGUUGACAUGAACAAGGUGAACUUGGACACAAUAAAACCAUGGAUUACCAAAAAGAUAACAGAACUACUUGGUAUGGAAGAUGAAGUAGUUGUGGAGUUUGUGUUUAAUCAGUUGGAUGCCGUGAAGCACCCAGACGGGCGGAUGAUGCAGAUCAACCUGACUGGUUUCUUGAACGGGAAGAAUGCACGUGAUUUCAUGGGCGAUCUCUGGACUCUCCUGCUCAGCGCUCAGGACAGCGUGGGAGGCAUUCCCGCCGCCUUUCUCGAGCAGAAGAAAGAAGAGAUUAAAAAACGUCAGGAGGAACAGGAACGCAUUCAAGAGAACCUCAAACGCAUUGAGGAGAAGGGCCCGUACGAACGGCUCAAGGAAGCUGCCAGGGAGAGGGCGAUCCAGCAGGAGAAGGCAAACAAAGAGAGGUCGUCGAGGGACAGAUCGAGGGAGCGGACCAAGCAGCCAAAGGAUCAGAAUCAUAGCGAAAAGCCCAAGGCUGUCGCAGAAAGGUCCUCCGCGAAGGAGAAGCUGUCCGAGUCCGGUCCGUCAGAUAAGAAGGACGCAUCAGACAAGGCGAAGGAGAGGGUUCAUUCAGAGUCUCCCCCGGACAACCGCAACAAGUCUGACAAGCGUCGUUCCGAAAGUCCUCGCAGGCGAUCGCCUCCGCGGAAAGAACGGCGCCACGGGAGAUCGCGCUCCCCAAGGAGGUCCCGUAGCCCAAGGCGAUCGCGCAGCCCGAGAAGAUCUCGCAGCCCUCCUCCCCGAAGGCGGUCUCGGAGUCCACCGCCGCGCAGGAGAAGCCCACCGCCCUGGAGACCAUCACCUCAUCGCAGGAGUCCACCACCAAGGAGGAUGAGCCCUCCACCACAACGCAGACGACGCUCGGCAUCUCCUCCCACGGGAUCUCGCUCCAGCUCCUCCUCAUCCGUCUCCUCCAGUGGGAGCAGCGACUCUGGCCCCGUCAAAGGAAAGCCCGACAGGAGGCAAGCGACACCACCCUUAAAAGAGAAGCUUACCCAGAAGAGAGACUCUGUGCAGCAGAAGCGUCACUAUAGGUCUCACGGGCACGGCGACUCUGGGAGCAGUUCGGACGGCGAAGGACCUUCGAGGAGGGGAUCCGGCGACGGGCCCAGGAAACGGGACGGUGCUCGUAGGAGAAGUGCCUCGGAAUCAUCUUCAGGGUCGGCAUCGUCGAGGUCUCCUCUGCGUCGCAGACCGCGGCCGCCGCCUCCAGACAGGCCUCCUCGCAGAAGCCCAUCUCCGAGGUACCGCGGCAGGUCUCCUCCCCCUAGGUACCCCCGUAGGAAUAGCCCAUCUCCGCAGGAACGGAGGAGGCGAUCUCCCAUGAGGGACGAGAGGGAACGGCGCAGAAUGUCUCCGCCCCAGCGGCCUCCUGACAGGAGGGGCCGCAUCAACGAAAGCCCAUAUGGUCGUGGUGCUAGUCCCGAGAGAAGGCCUCACCGUUCACCACCCCGGGAUGAUUAUCGUCAGCGUCCAGUCCCACCUCCGUCAAGCUCACAUAGGGAACGUCCUGUCUCACCAAGGCCACAUCAAAACAGCCGCAACGAACGGUACGGCCCAAUGCCAUCAACCGAACCCAUUCGCGAAAGGAGGCGCCCUCCAAAACCCCCAGCACGUUCACCACCAUCAUCAUCUUCAUCUUCAGAAUCUGCCUCCCCCCCUCCUCGUGAGCCGAGCAAGCGGAGGCCAUCAUCCUCUUCGUCGUCAUCUGCAUCUUCUCCAGAACAGGCAAACACUGGCAAGCGUGCUCCACCUCGUGAACAGAGGAGGAGAGGCUCAUCAGCAGAGGGAUCUCCACCUCCCAAGAAAUCCAAGAAUGAUGAAAAGGCACCUAGACAUUCUGAUCAUCAUAGUCAUGAAAGGGAAGUUCCUGAGACUCGCCCGCUGAAACCAGAGUCGCAGGAGGACCACCAAGAAGACUCGGAGUCUGAGUACGAGGAAGUUGAGGUGACCGCCAAGACACUUUCCGAGAAGGCAUCGCGGAAGAUGAAGAAGAAGAAGAGGAAGAAGGAAGACUCUGAAAGCAGUGAGACUGAUGAGGAUGACUCGAAGAAGAAGAGGAAGAAGCACAAGAAACAUAGGAAGCAUAAAAAGCACAAGAAGAACAAGAAGGCAAAGAGAAGUGAAGACGAAGAUGGAGAGGAAGUUGAAGAGGAGGCAGAAGAGGGCUCUGAGAUUGCCGAGGACCCCUCGGAGGAGCUAGAGCGAAAGCUGCGCGAAAAAGCGCUCCAGUCACUGAAUAAGGCGCAGUUGGGUCGUGGCGACACGCCGAGGGCUUCACCUUGACUUGCUUUGUUCACGUGUUGUUGUUGUUGUUGGUGGCUUUUGCAGUCCCAUCGUGUAAAAAAAAAACGAGUCACUCGAAAGAAGGUUUGAGGGCAACUUCGUUCGCAUGUAGGCACACCCCAUUUUAUAAUUGAACAAAGCAUUAAAGGAUUCCAUGUUCUUUCUCA